CGUGCCACGGAGUAGCAGCCCGCGCGUCGAGCUCAACUGUCAAAGAGCUGGAAAGAGCAGGAUAAGAUGAGACUUCAAUGGCUUGACAUGGAUGCAUUAUCGAGUGUAAAUAAAAUAUGCUGAAUUUGACAAACUGGCAAGCAUAAAUCCAUUUUAAAAAAAGGAAUAUUUUUGUUUAAUUUCGGAAGUAUACGUUUGGCUGAAUUCUGUUGAACCAUGCAUGGAAGUUCCCGGUCAAUGGGUAAAGUAGAGCAAAGUAACCAGAGCCCUGGACGCUCACCGAGGUUGCCACGAUCACCACGUUUGGGUCACCGUCGAACAAACAGCACUGGGGGCAGUUCUAGUACCAGCAUUGGUGGUGGUGGUGGGAAAACCCUGUCUAUGGAGAACAUACAGUCAUUGAACGCUGCAUACGCUACAUCCGGCCCUAUGUACCUAAGUGACCACGACCAUGUUGGUACAGAUUCCUCUAAAGCAACAAUGACAUUAGAUAGAGCUUCUGGACGUUUACCAUUUGGUGUGAGGAUGACUACCAUGGGAAGUAGCCCUAACAUUGCCACGACUAGUGUGGCCAGUGAUAGUAUAGCUUUUGGAGAACAGCUUUUGCCAAUAGUAAGCCUGGCAUCUACUGUCCCACACUCAUUGAGGCAAGCUAGGGAUAACACCAUUAUGGAUUUGCAGUCACAGUUGAAGGAGGUCCUUCGUGAGAAUGAUGUGCUUCGCAAAGAGGUAGAUGUGAAAGAAAGUAAGCUCAGCUCCUCAAUGAACAGCAUCAAAACAUUCUGGAGUCCAGAGCUGAAGAAAGAACGAGCUCUCCGGAAAGAUGAGGUGGCUAAGAUGACCAUUUGGAAGGAACAGUUUCGGGUUGUCCAGGAUGAAAAUCAGCACCUUCAAAUGACAAUUCAGGCAUUGCAGGAUGAACUCCGAAUUCAGCGGGAUUUGAACCAACUUUUUCAGCAGGACAACAGCAGUAGAACAAGUGAGCCAUUUAUUGCUGAGCUAACAGAGGAAAAUUUCCACCACCUUCACACUGAACAUGAACGUCAGGCCAAAGAGCUAUUCCUAUUGCGCAAGACUCUGGAGGAGAUGGAGCUGCGUAUUGAGACACAGAAGCAAACACUCAGUGCCCGUGAUGAAUCUAUCAAGAAACUGUUGGAGAUGCUUCAGAGCAAAGGACUGUCCUCAAAGGCAAUGGAAGAAGACCAUGAGCGAAUACGCCGAUUAGCUGAAGCAGAAAUGCUUGUGAACCAGUUAGAAAACAUAGUUGAACAAAAAGAAAAAGAAAAUAAUCAGCUGAGAGAGGAUAUUCAGCGGAGAAUUGACGUGGCUCCAGAAUCAACUAAAACGAAAGCGCUGCAGACUGUUAUUGAAAUGAAGGAUAGUAAAAUCUCAUCACUGGAACGAAACAUUCGAGACCUGGAGGAUGAAAUACAGAUGCUUAAGUCAAAUGGUGCUCUGAGCAUUGAGGAGAGAGAGGAAGAGUUGAAACAGAUGGAAGUUUACAGGAGCCAUUCAAAGUUUAUGAAGAAUAAGGUAGAACAACUGAAAGAAGAGUUAAAUUCCAAAGAAUUCCAGGCUGAAGAGCUAAGAAGUAAAGUGACUGUUCUCCAGUUCGAGAUUGAUCAAGUGAAACAGGAACUUUCCAGAAAGGAAACGGACCUCCUUGCCUUGCAGACAAAACUUGAAAUGCUGACAAACCAAUUUUCUGAUAGCCAACAACAUGUGGAAGUGCUCAAAGAAUCGCUUACAGCAAAGGAGCAGAGAGCUGCCAUUCUGCAGACAGAGGUAGAUGCACUGCGUCUGCGGCUGGAAGAGAAGGAGAAUAUGUUAAAUAAGAAGUCAAAACAGAUGCAGGAAAUGGCUGAAGAAAAAGGAAUCUUAGCUGGAGAAAUCCGUGAUCUGAAGGACAUGAUGGAAGUCAAAGAGCGAAAAGUCAUUGUCUUGCAGAAGAAAAUUGAGAACCUGCAGGAGCAACUAAAAGAUAAAGAGAAGCAGAUGACUAGUCUGAAAGAACGUGUAAAAUCACUGCAGGCUGACACCACCAAUACAGAUACUGCCCUUACUACCCUUGAGGAAGCUCUUGCAGAGAAGGAGAGAAUAAUUGAGCAGCUUAAAGAUCAAAGAGAAAGAGAUGAACGAGAAAAGCAAGAAGAAAUUGAUGCUAACAAGAAGGAGUUAAAAGAAGUUAAGGAACGGAUCACUGGUCUCCAAGGAGAUGUUUCGGAGAAAGAGGCUGCGCUUUUGGACCUCAAAGAACAUGCCUCGUCUUUGGCAUCGUCUGGACUGAAGAAGGAUUCCAAGUUGAAAGCACUGGAGAUAGCUCUUGAACAGAAAAAGGAGGAAUGUUCUAAACUAGAAGUACAACUGCGGAAGUCUUUUGAAGCUACAACAGAAGCACGAGUCAGCACAAACCUCAAUGAUCGCAUCGAGCAACUGGAGAAGGUAGUGGCACAAUAUAGGGAUGAGGCUAACAAGGCCCAAGCAGAAGUGGACAGAUUGCUUGAAAUCUUAAAGGAAAUGGAAAGUGAAAAGAGCGAUAAAGAUAAAAAGAUAGCAGAAUUGGAGAAACAGAUGAAGGAACAAAAUAAGAAAUUGGCCAACCUAAAGCACAAAGAACAAGUGGAGAAGAAAAAAAAUGCCCAGUUACUGGAGGAGGCACGACGAAGGGAGGAUAAUUUAGCUGAUGACUCCCAUCAACUCCAGGAUACUUUACGACAAAAAGAUGACCGGAUUGAGGAAUUAGAAGAGGCUUUAAGGGAGAGUGUACAGAUAACAGCAGAACGUGAGAUGGUGUUAGCACAAGAAGAAGCUGCCAGAAACAAUUCUGAGAAACAGGUUCAAGAGUUAAUGGCAGCUAUGGAAAAAGUAAAAUUAGAACUGGAGCUGAUGAAUGCCAAGCUAUCCUCUACCCAGCAGUCCCUUGCAGAAAAGGAAGCCCAUCUCAGUAACCUGCGUGCUGAGAGGAGGAAACACCUAGAGGAAGUGCUUGAAAUGAAGCAAGAAGCACUGCUAGCAGCUAUCAGUGAAAAAGAUGCUAACAUUGCUCUUCUGGAACUCUCUUCAUCCAAGAAGAAGAAGACACAGGAGGAAGUAGCAUCACUAAAGAGGGAAAAAGAUAGAUUAGUGCAGCAACUCAAACAGCAGACUCAGAACAGAAUGAAAUUAAUGGCAGAUAAUUACGAGGAGGACCUCCUGAAACCCUCAGCGCAUUCAGAGUCAAUGAACCAUAAACUCUCCCCAGAACAGCAGAUCAUCCAGUCACUAUUAGAACUGAACCAGAAUCGCAGUAAACUGAAGCUGUACAUAGGACACCUCACGUCUCUGUGUCAGGACCGUGACUCUCAGAUUCUUCAAGGAUUGACACCACCCCCAGCAUAUGGAAUUGACAAUGACAGGGCAAUGUGGGAGGAAGAGUUGCAGAAGAUGAGCUCAGAGCAGCUAAAUGCUGAGCUGGAACAGUGUGAAAAAGAAAGUUCAGAACUUCAGGACUAUGCCAACACCAUCUUACAGCAGAUUGCAGACCACUGCCCUGACAUCCUUGAACUGGUAGUCAACGCCUUAGAAGAAUCCUCAUGAGACACUGUGCCUGGACAUCAGAGAUGAGCUAAGAAAUGAUCAAUGUUGCUGCAGUUUUUUAAAAUUUGUAUUUUUCUUUCUUUACAAAUUAUUACAGUUUUGUGACAUUGGCAACACU